AUGAAUCAGUGUUAUUGCAUUGUGGUGUUACUAGGUUUGCCUGCCAGUGGAAAGAGCUGGUUAGCAGGAAGAUUAUGUAGUUUUUUAACAGAAAACAAUUGCAUUGUGAAUUGUGCAACUUUUGAUACUAUUGUGAGUUUAGAAAAACAGGCUGAAAUUGCUGUUUCGUCAUCUAGUGAAAUAACAAAGCAUUACCGUCGCGAGAUGAAAGACACUGUGGAGUCUUUCUUGAAAGUGCCCAAUCCUUCUUCCAAAAAGUGUGUCGUAAUUGUUGAUGAUAACAACUACUAUCGAAGUAUGCGGUAUGAAUAUCAUCAGUUAGCGGCCAAAUUCUACACAGGCUACCUUCAAAUUUAUGUCAAAUGCGAAGUGUCUGAAGCGUUACUCCAAAACAACAGUCGUCCGCAAAGCAGCCGUGUUCCUGACAUUGUAAUCACUCAAAUGAACACCAAAUUUGAAGAUCCCUGUGAAGCGUGGGAAAAUUCUUUGACGAUUGGACACAUUGAUUUAAAUGAUACAGAAAUAUUGAACAAGAUAUGGAAUUACAUCCAGAAUGCUGUGGAUAGUCCUGUCUCAACAUUGAAGACUCUAGAAGAAAAGAAGCUUGCGUCCGAGCAAAGCAAACUACGCAACGAUCACAACAUCUUUCACAAUAUCGACAAAGUUCUUAGAAAAAGAUUAAACCAAUGUAUACGCGAACGUAAAGAAGAAAAAGACGCUCGUGUAUUGGCAGCACAACUAAACGACACUCGACAAUCUAUUUUGGAAGGGAUCAAAACAGGCGCCAUUGCAAUCCCGACAGACAUUCUGAAGGCGGAUGGAUCCAUCGAUUUAUCUAUCCUUGAGGUUUGGUCCAUUUCAGCUUUUAUCCAGAGGUGUCCGUUAUAACAUGGACAUGAUUUGGUCAUACUAGAAUACAAUUUGUUAAAAAUAGCUGAAAUAAUAAUAAACAACACAAUAGAGAUCA